GAAUUUACGAUUAUUGAUUUCACACAUAGCCUAUACAGGUGUCACAACGAUAACUAACUGCGAACAUUGCGAACGUAUUGCGACCAACUCUAAUGAGCAGACGCUACUUCAUUUAUCAUUACGCUGACACACACAGUAAGUAACUGGACAGCGGCAAAUUAAGACGUAGCAUUAGACCUAGUAGAGCAAUUCAAUUAAGGCGAAGCAGCACUCCAACAUUUGUAAAAGAGAUUGAUUAGUGUAAUGACACCGCCACCACCACCACCAUGCGGCGGACCACCACCACCGGGACCGCCACGGCGACCAUUAGUUAAAGUGGAGAUUAUACCACCGUGGCGACGACGCCAUCAUCACCAUCACCACCACCACCACUCAACACCGCCGCCACCACCGCCCAGUCAGCCAGUCGUUGUGGUUGUACCAGGACAACAGCCGCCACCGCCACCAUACGGUAGUGGCUACUAUCCACCGGCGCCGCCGGCACCUGGAUCACACUACCACAAUCCGCCACAUUAUUGAGCAAUUUGCUUGAAGUCAAUUGGAUCAAUUUAGUGUUUAAGUUCACUUUUGAAGGAACUAGUUAGUAGGACACCUGACAUGGUGCAAUAUAUAUUUUUAUUUAUAUAUGUGUAUUAUAUAUGAUUCCUUAAAAGUAUUUAAUAAAACUUUGUUUACCAUUCAGUGCAA